CCUCACCUCCUUUACUCUUCCCUUUCCAGGUUUGGGUGGAGCUGUUUCUACCUGGACUCUGAGAACAAAUCAGGAGAGUGAUUUAAGGAUAAAACAAUGGCGUUAUAACCGGACUUUAGACCGCGUUCAUCGACUUCACAGUAUGAGUCAUCCGCCCCGUUCAAACCGGGGACACCGGGAGAGAAACGGAGACCACCGACAUCACCGAGACUCCCCCGAUGACAGGUCUUCCUCACAACCCCCAUACUACCCCAGAGAGGCCGACCCGGCUCCCAAACGUGCACGGGAGGUUCCUCGAGUGGAGCACCAUGACUCCAAAUGCACAAACAUCUGCUCCAGGAGAGGUAUCGUGCUGAUCUGCGCUGUACUGACCAACGCCCUGGUCCUAAUAUGUGUGGUCGCUGCUCAGCUGGUGCAGUCGGGCCUGUCCUCGGCAGCUGGGUUGGGAGGCUUCGACAUCAACUCCAACUUUAACCUGCAGGGCACCGAGCUGCAGCAGGUGAGAGACCUGGACAUGCAGUACAGCCAGAUGAGGGCGCCGGGGAUCUACGGGGGCAUCGCCUUCAGCCUGACCAUGGGGGUCAUCUCGCUGCUGUUCGUGGUGGCCGGGAACAAACCCCCGCACCUGAUGUCCAGGAAGCUCCUAGUCGGGGCGUUGGUGUUUCAGGCUGUGGGCGCGGUGGCAUACGUGGUGGCUGUCGGCCUCUACCUGCACUUUGUCAUCAGGGUCAACUCCACGGAUAUUUGCAAACAGCGGGAGAGACUUUACGCUCGCAACGGCUACACCUGGAUGAACUGCGACGUGAGCGGGGCGGACGCAGCCGUGGCUCUGUUCGGGCUCAUCACCGCCAUCCUGUACACGGCCGGCACGGUGCUCACGAUCCAGACCAUCCGAGGAGUGAAGCGCUACCUGCAGGAGCGAAAACGCAGAGAGGCAGACAGACAGAUGGCCCGGGGCCAACCACAGAGGGCGCCGCUGAGGGCUGAGACCACCUCUGUGUGAGGAUGGACGUCUGGAGCCUGUAUCAUAAAGUGAAGCUGAUGGGUUAACUUCACUAAGCUAGCUAACAUGUUUGGGUUUAACUGGCUCACUUUAAGCGAGGUAGAUCCUGUGGAAACCUGUGCUGCACAGAUCAAAAUGUGUCGACAGAUCCACUACUGACCAAUCAGCUCACUGGACAGAUUUAUUCUUAUACUGCUGCAGGUUCUCAUCAGGGACAAAAGAAAGCUACUGUGUUUAUAAUAAAGUUGGAUUUGUUUGAUAAAUAGUGGAGGCUACUUAAUAUAAAUCCGCUGAGUGUCUGACUUUACAAUGCUCUCUCAGCUGUAGCCCACAUCACAUCCACAGGUAUAACCAGCUACAGCUGUGGUUACAGUGGCUUUCUGUGGAUUAGGAGGGAUGCAACAAGUAGGCGGGGGUGGAGGGUGUUAGUAUACCAUGAUAAUUAUGUCAAAGACAGAAGAACAAACCAUGUGUGCACACUGGGAUUAAAACAGAACCUCUAACAAACAGAUAUGCUUUACCUCAUGAAGAUUAUAGCUGCCUAUUAUCACAGUGUAGAUGCUUUUCGAUUCUUCUUCUGUCGCUGUCACUGUUUAUCAGUCACACACUGUAAAUUGUCUCAACAAUAUUUUUACUCAUCGCAUUGAAACUUUCCUGUAUGAGAUUCUACUUGUGUGAUUUUAUUGUUGACAUUUGACCCUGAACGUCACUUUUUCUUGCCGUGUUAUCCUGUUAAACACGUCACUCACGGUUCUGAUGUUGCAUAGAUCAGUAAAGAUCAGAGUUAACUGAGCCAGGUGAUAAUAAACAGGAUUAUUAAUGCUAAGCCAGGCAGUGCAGGGGAAACCAGAUUAAGUGCUUUGUGAUACAGCUCCCAGUCCUUUGAGUUUAUUUUCAAGUGAAUUGUUUAUAUGUUGGAUUAGACUGCGUGAACUCAGACGGGGAUUUAAAUGUUUUUAACUUUAAUUAAUGAAUGAAUUAAUGUUUUUUUAUAUCAGACUUUAUAAUGUAAAGUUUUUUAGCUCUUGAAAUUAAACCUCCACCAACGUGACUAUCCAA